ACUGGGGGCUUUUUUUCUUUGCUUGCGCAUGCGAAGAGAAGAUCGGGGGCCACUACGUUCCAUAACAGAUAACUGAGUGGAGAUCAUCAAUCGCUUGCCUCCAUGCUUCUUUGAAUGUAGACGUCAAGUAGGUAUCUUCUCACGCAACAGGCUGCACCACAAAUGUGCAGAACAGCAGGCUCCAUCUGUCACCUGUAACUGCGCCUUCGCUGCAGACAUUCUACGCUAGCGCCGAGGAUGAAGAAACAAAACAUCCGGACCCUCUCGCUCAUCCUCUGCAUGUUCUCCUACUUGCUGGUGGGCGCCGCCGUCUUCGACGCGCUCGAGUCCGAGACGGAAAGCUCCCGCAGGCGCGUCUUGGAGCAGAAGCGCAGCGAGAUGAAGAAGAAGUACCGCUUCUCCGAGGAAGACUACCGCGAAAUCGAACGGGUGGUCUUGCAAGCGGAGCCCCAUCGAGCCGGGAGACAGUGGAAAUUUGCUGGUUCUUUUUAUUUCGCUAUAACAGUUAUCACCACCAUUGGUUAUGGUCAUGCAGCACCAGGCACAGAUGCAGGAAAGGUGUUCUGCAUGUUCUACGCAGUACUGGGCAUUCCUCUGACUUUGGUCAUGUUCCAGAGCCUGGGAGAGAGGAUGAACACAUUUGUGCACUAUCUCCUCUAUAAGACCAAACAGUGUAUAGGCCUUCAACUCACUGAAGUGUCCAUGGAGAACAUGGUUCUAAUGGGAUUCUUAUCCUGUAUUGGCACACUAUGUGUGGGGGCUGCAGCUUUCUCUCAUUUUGAAGGAUGGAGCUUCUUCCAUGCUUAUUACUACUGCUUCAUCACACUCACCACAAUUGGCUUUGGAGACUUUGUGGCCCUGCAAAAAAAAGAGGACCUCCAGGAGAAAACCCCCUAUGUCGUUUUCAGCUUCAUGUACAUUCUGGUGGGGCUUACAGUUAUCGGAGCCUUCCUGAACUUGGUGGUUCUACGUUUCCUCACCAUGAACAGUGAAGAUGAGAAAAGAGAUGCUCAAGAAAGGGAGUCUCUGAAGAGGAACAGGCACGUUUUGGAUGGGGCUUUGAUCCUCCGUCUCAAGGGGGAGCAUGACCGAAACGACUGCAGACACAACAUGGCAUAUAGACACAGCCAGAGUCCGCUGUUCCUUCCGAUGGAGGAGGGUACGAGUCGCACCAACCUGAUCAGCUCCUCGGCAGACAAUCACAAGAGAAGGAAAAGCCCCUGCAAACAUAAGAUGCAUUUGCAGUUGACGACAGAUGCACGCAAGCCAGAGUCAAGCAUAAGCUCUUUGUGCUCCUGCAUGUGUUACCGCCUGGGCAUUUGUGAUAGCCCUCUCAUGGCCCGGAGUCAACAGAAAGGCUGCCAUGGCAGCUCUGUUUACUACAAUUCUGUUUCCUAUAGGAUCCACAACAGCUCGGCAGGCUCCAGGAACAAUACUGGAGUCUCUUUGCAUGGAAGCACACACUCAUCAGGGCGUCGCUUCAACGAGUUCCUUCGAUCAAGGAGAAUGUCAGUGUAAAACACAAUGUUUUAUUUUUCACUUUAAUCUGGAAUGGUCAAUGAAGCAAAUCUGCUUAUUGAACUAGUUUCUUUUGUAAAGAACACUACUCUCAAAUAAGCUAUUGUUUUGCUUGCACCCGUUUUUCAAGUGCAUGCUCAGUGGAAUAUAUAGCACAUCAUUUGGAUGCAUGAGUACUUCUGUUAGAUAUGAACUAUCUUUUAAUGCAUAUUUAAAGUCCCACUGUCAUCAUUUCUUUCACACGAAUUAAACAACUGAGUCAAAGGACUCAAAAAGCAUUUUUAAAAACUCAAAAAGAUCCAUAACUAUUGAAAUUGUGUUUUGGGAUUUUAGAUUAGAUUUGCAGGUUUUACACCAUAGGAUGUCACGUAAAGCGGAAGUUCAGAAUUUUUGAUAUCAGGCUUAAUAUUUGAGUCAGCAAGGGUUUAAUUUGUUGGUGGAGUUGACAUUAACACUAACAAAUUCUGUGUAGUUCGUUAGUUAUUUGUUAGUUUCAGGGCUUCGGAGUGGCUAAGCUAGCGCUAGUCAAUUGGGCUGACUUAGCAUUACAGUAAAAAACAACAUAUGCACACAUGAAAAUGAUCAAUGACCCAUGCAAUCAAUAGUGUUGGCUAUGUUUUCAGAAUAAAGUUCUUAAAACUUACCAUUGCAUGUCAAUAAUUGUAUUAUGAACAGCAACAUUUGUAAUCCAGCAGCUCUGCAAGGAACAGACUGUCUAGACAAGCAGGAUGGAGUGAUAUCGCUUCAUUUUUUUCACCACUGAUUUUUUCUUGUAGGAACGAAAGGGACUCCCAUUAGAGGAACAGGGCGGAGUGAUAUCACAUUCGAUUUUUUCCCCGCUGAUUUUUUAUGUUGUUGCCAGCAGCAAGUAACCAGUUUAUAUUGUUCCUCAUUCUUCAUACGGAAUUUGUGGAAACUUUCCUUUGUCAAUUUCUUCUGUCUGUUUCCACAGCCUAUAAAUGCACAUUUCACCAUGUUGCCGGCCGUCAGUUAACUCAGCAGACUGAUGUGGCAUUCGAGGAAGGUGGGAAGUCAUGAGUUUCCAACCUCCUAUCUGGAAAAAUAUAAUUUGAACGCCUCUGCUAUUUGAUCGCUUACGAGAAGGCAGGUUUGCCGGCGGUCAAAAUGUCUUUUGAUGGCCAAAAUAAAAAAACAACUUUUUGCAGUCAGCCAUCUUUGCUGUUUACAUUCGCUUGGAACGCUAUGAGGUUGCAACUUGUACUCUCCGAGCGAAAUAAGUCUGACUCCCCACUUUCCUCGAAUGCAGCGUGAGCACGAGUGGCCGAAGCACUCUUCUCUAUUGUGGUAGUGUUACGCAUCUAAAAAAUAAUAGUCCUGCAGAAUGAAAUGAAUUACGGCAGUUUUUUUGUGACAUUGUUUUGGCCACAUGGGUGUUUUGGAACAAUGAUAUGCAUUUUGAAUUUGACUAUGUUGGAUCUGUUUGUAGAUCUGUAUCGUUUUUUAUUGGCAUGCAAGUUGGCCCCAUUGACUCGCGCUAGCUUACCCACUCCGGAACUCAAACUAACAAAUAACUUACAAAAUGCAUGGAAUUUGUUGAAAUCAACUCCACCAACUAAUUAAACCCUCGCUAACUCGAGGAUUAAGCCUAAUGUCAAAAAAAUUGCGCUUUAAGUGCAGAAUCCAACAGCCAACAUACAGUAUGUGUAGCUCCAUAUGGUGGUUAUUGAGUUUUUAAGUGCAAAAUACAGUAGAUUUUAUUGUGAUUUUACUGUGCGAUAUUUCAGAAUACUAAGUUGAAAGUGGGUUAGAAGAGGAAGAAAGUCCUCAGGAAGUUUACCUUUCGAAUUGUAAGUCUAAUUGUACCAUAGUACCAUUCACACUGGUCAGAUGCAAGUGCUCCUUCCUCACUGACACUGGAUGGAAGCAUUAGCGUAGAGAUUGAAAUAUAAAUCGUUUCUCAUUUGCAUACAUUACAGUCAGAUGCAUUUGCUUGAGACCACUCCUGAGUGUUUGUGUUGGAGCAAUUUCCAACAGAACUUCUUGGCCAUAGUUUCGGUGCACAAUGUGUCUGUAAUACUAGUAUGCUUAGAAAAUAAAUAAAAAGCUGAUCACCACUAUGUUUAAAGUGACUGCAUUAUACAGUUUGUCACUUAUUUAAUUGCUACUGCCACUUCUGGCCUAAAGCUUAGUUGCAGCCUGUGUUAAACUUGUGUACGCCGUGCAUGCUUGUAGGAGCACAAACAUAACAACAAAAAUGUUUGUGGCACAAACCGGCAAAAACAUUUGCGACCAGUUUGCAGCGAAUCGGACAAUGUGGACUGGCUGGUGACCUCAGACUGACGUUUAAAAGAAUAAUUAAUAUCGCAAAAAUUAUAACGGCAUAAACGAUCAUUUUUGCGACUCAAACGUAGCACAAACAACUGACAUAGUUUUAAUUUAAAUUUUACAAUAUGGGGGCGGGGGCAACUUCACUCUAACAAGCAACCAGUGUUAGGACCAUCAAAUCGGCAUCAGAAACGUAGAAAACAGUUUGUAGCAAGUGUUAAGUGGGAUAGAAAAGUGGUUUUGCCAAGUAGAGACCGAACCCUCUCUAUUGAAGGUAAGAAAUGGGGUUUUGGGGAAAGUGUUAUUAUUUCAGGGCUCUGUGCAUCAGCAUGCAUGAAGAAAAAACGUUUUUAAAUCAACUCUACAAAUCCUGUAUAGUCUCUUUUAAUAAUGCAAAACUUGCAGUAGGAUCAUAUUGGAAGGAGAUACUGUAAUACGGCUUUACUUACAUCACUUCUACUUAAUGGCCAGCGUUGCGAUGUCCAACAGCAGGAUCUGAAAAUUGGGAUUAAAACGGCUUUGGCUUAUUUGAUAACAAAAAGGAAUGCGGAUUGUGCUCAGUGAAGUCCAAUCUAUUUAAUUCAUUCAUUGAGAUUUUUACAUGACAGUGGGACUUUAAAACUGAAAUAAUGUUUACUCACACUGUGACAUGCCAUUAAAGAAUGUCACCAAAAUAUAAGGGAAUACUUCACACUAUGACCACAUUAAUGCACUUAAUUGUAGUAUUGUCACACAUCAGUGUCACAACGUUAAAUUUAUUUUAAUCCCAUACACUAUUUUUAUGACUAUCCCUAACGUGGUAAGGCUUACACUUUUAUAGUUAAAUAGUUAACCUUCUAUUGGGGUAUAGGUCAUACAGAUACUUAUAGACAUAUAGAUAUGACUAUUUUUGGUAAUUAAC